AUGGCUCCCACCGAGUCCGAGCCCAUCAGUGAGCAGCUAAGAAUAGAUGUCGAGUUCUCAGGAGGCUUGGAGAUGCUCUUUGCUGACCAGCGUCGCCAUUCGCUGACACUUCCUGCUAAGGACAAGGAUGGACAACCCGCCAAUAUCGCCUUCUUGAUUGAUCACCUUUGCCAAAAUGUUAUGAAUGAUACUCGCAAGGAACUUUUCAUCCUGGACGACCAUCUGUACGUGGCUUUCAAAUAUGUCUCUGAUUUCAAUGCGCACUCUCAAUAA